AACUCCUCCCAUUUUUUCCCCCUUUUUUCUCGUGAAGAUAACCUGUCAACAACGAAUUCCCACAUAGAGAUUUCACAUCACAUUAAUGUGCGUUUUAUACAUACAUCAUAAUGUCGUCACCCGUGGCACAGAAAAAGCUAUCAAAAGAUGAUUUGAGAAGGUUAAUGAAGGAAAGACGAGAAAAUCUGAAAAUCCAGAAAGUUGAUUCCCCUUUUGCAAAAUAUAAUAAUUUAGGACAACUGUCUUGUACAAUUUGCAACAUCCAGAUAAAAAGCAAUUCUUUAUGGGUGGCUCAUGUAGCUGGAAGGAUUCACAAAGAGAAUGCUGUAAAAAAGAAAAAAGGUGGUUUGGAUUCUUCAAAAGAUGCUAAUUCCAAUUUCAAAGGAAUUAAAAGGAUUGAAGAACAACAACCUGAAGUUACUAAGAAACAGAAAACUGAAAAUAUUAAACCUGUGGAGGAAUCACAGCAAGUAAAGAAUACCAAACAACUUGCACUGUUGGAAGCAUAUUCAUCAUCAUCUGAAGAUGAAGAUGAUGAUAAAGAGGCAGAAGGAAAUAAGUUGAUGGAGAAUGUAUCUGAAGGUGUUUUACCACCAGAUUUUUUUGAAAAUGGGCCAACAGGCUCUGAUAUUACAACUGCUGCUUCAGUUGAUCCUACAUUAGAGCUUAAAUCUUCAUCAUCAAAAAUUGUGAAUGAUGAUCAAUUACCUGAAGGUUUUUUUGAUGAUCCAGUUUUAGAUGCAAAGGCAAGAAAUAUUGAAUAUAAAGAUCCUAAAGAACUAGAAUGGGAAAAAUUCCAGAAAACUAUAGCUGAAGAAACUAAUGUUUCAAAAACAAUUAUUGAAGAAGAUCUUGAAGAGAGUACAUUGGAAAGAGAUAUUGUACAGAUAGAUGAACAAAUACAGCAAUGGAAAAGAGUAAACAAUUUAGAGACCCUUGCUGAAGAAGUUAAAAUGAAGGCUCCAGUGAAAGAAGGAGAUGGAGACAUAUCAGGAAGUACUGAUGAAGAUCUUGAGGAGGAUGAUUUACUAGAUUGGAGGUCUAAGAGUAUUAAAAAAAUGUGACAAUAUUUUUACCAAGCUGCUAUUGUAAAAUUUUGUAUAUAUUUUUUAAAUAAAAAUUAAAAAAAAAAUGUUUAUAAAAAAUA